AUGUCCCGCCAAAAGCUUGAAAAGAGCUCCAAUGGUCAUCGUCUCCGGCCACUCGCUGAGCACCAUCCUCUCCGUCGCCGGUGACCUCCUUCUCGCCCAGAUAGCCCAUGCCCAGGCCCUCACCAAUGGCCUCCUUUACUCCCACCCUCUCUUUGUCUCCAAGCUCAUCACCACCUACUCCCGCCUCGGCGUUCCCUCCCUUGCCCACCUUGUCUUUGACUCCUCUCCCAUCCAUCUCCUCUCCUCCUCCUCUCUAUGGAACUCCCUCCUCGCCGCCUACACCCGCAACUCCCUUUUUCUUCACCCUUUCCCCCUCUUCCGCCGCAUGCGCCUCCACGCGCCGCCCGAUGGUUUCACUCUCUCUAUCCUCGCCAAGGCCUUUGCUGCCGUAUCCGAAUUGAGGACUGGCUCUUUGAUCCAUUCAUUGAUCAUAAGGCUUGGUUUGGAUUCUGAUACUGUUGUUUUGAAUUCUUUGAUGGUUCUGUACUUCAAAAAUCGGUGCUUUUUUUAUGCUCGGAAAGUGUUUGAUGAAAUGCCUGUUCGGAGUGUUGCUUCUUGGAAUGCGUUGAUUUCGGAGUGUGUGAGCUGGGGGAAUGCAUUGGGGAAUGAAGAGGUGUGGAAGCUUGUUAAGUUGAUGCAAAUUGAUGGAUUGAAGCCCGAUGGCUUCACGGUUUCUGUGGUUCUUCCUCAUUGUGGAAAAUAUCUUCGGGGGAGGGAGAUUCAUGGUUUUAUUGUAAGGAGUGAUUUGGAUUCGGGUCCAGAUUUUCAUGUCAGGAGUUGUUUGAUUGGUAUGUACUCGAGAGUGGGAAGAGUGGAUAUUGGAAGACGGGUUUUUGAUAGGAUGACUGCCAAGAAUGUUGUUGCUUGGACAUCAAUGAUUGGGGGUUAUGUGGAGAAUGGGGUAUUUGAGGAAGCUAUUUUACUUUUCAGGAAAAUGCUAUUGAACAGGGGAAUGGUUCCCAAUAAGGUUACUUUGGUGAGUGUCCUUCCUGCAGUUGGAUCUAUUGCAAGUUUGAUGGAAGGGAAGCAAAUUCAUGGUUUUUCUAUCAGGACAUUCUCAACCAGUGAAACUUCAUUUAACAAUGCUUUGAUCGAUAUGUACUCAAAGUGUGGAAGCUUGGAGAGUGCAAGACGUGUCUUUGAUGACAUAUCUUGGGAUAAAGAUCCGAUCUCUUGGAGCUCAAUGAUUUCAUGUUAUGGGAUUCAUGGAAAAGGAGGAGAGGCUCUUGAUUUGUUAGAUGAGAUGUGCAGAUAUGGCAUCAAACUUGAUCACAUAACUAGCGUUGGAAUUCUUUCAGCUUGUGUUAGGUCAGGUUUGGUCAAUGAAGGUAUCAAGAUUUAUGAUUCAAUUGUAACAAAUCAUGGAGUUUGUCCAACAAUUGAAAUCUGUUCUUGUGUUGUAAAUAUGUUAGGUCGGGCUGGGUUACUGAACCAAGCAUUGGAUUUUAUUAGGUCAAUGCCAUUGGCACCCGGACCCGGUGUCUGGGGAGCUCUAUUCGAUGCUUCUGUAGUUCAUAAUAACUUUGAAAUGCAAGAUUUAGCUUUCAGGUUUUUGGUUCAGUUGGAACCUGAGAAUGCUUCGAAUUUUGUUUCUCUUUCAAAUUUACAUGCUAGUUCCGGCAGAUGGGAUUCCGUGGCAGAACUGAGGACAAGAAUGAAAAAGAAGGGGAUCAGAAAGAUGCCGGGUUGUAGUUGGAUCAAUGUUAAUGAUGAAGUGCAUUCCUUCUAUGUUGCUGAUAAGUCGCAUAAGUACACUGAUAUAAUUCACACAGUUUUGGAUAGCCUCUUUUUGACAAUGAAGGGAGAAACUGAUGUUCCAGGGCUUGGUUGUAUGAAAUAAGGUUAUAUUGGUUGUUUUCCUGACAGAAAUUUGAUGUUUAUCAAAGUAAGACCAUGGCUAAGAGAUGGUUUACACUUUAUACUCUACCAGAUAAAAUGAUAGAUAUAUCACUCACAAAGAUCCGUUUGAAAGAUUGAUAAGAUGUAGGAGAUCUUUUGCGCUGGUGUGUGUGCUUCCAUCAAGACAAGAAAUGCCAUCUUUGAGGAAUGGGCAAAUGUGGACCAGGACCUGUGCAAUUGAAAGUGUUGCUACAUAAUCAGCCCUUUGUGAAUCUUCCAAAAGACGAGAAACUAUAUGGCUAAUGCAGCUAUCAAUUCCUUUUUGAAGGUUGGUUCCCAACAAGCAGAACUCCACUUUUGACGAGACACUCCUGCCUGUUCUAUGUUACAGAAAAUUGCCGGGCAACUUCCUCAACACUCACUUACAGAUAAGACAUUACCUAGGAUGUUUCAUACAACCACGCAAAUUGUGUCUCAAAAUUUUUAGCACGAUGUCCAAAAAAGCAAAUAGCGACUCUUACUUGCAUGACAGUGUGCUCAGAGCAUUCAACUUGUGGGCACUGUGAUCAUUUCACUAGCUCAUGCAUGCUCAAUUGUUUGGCAGAGCACUAUCUCUGUAGCCAUUGAAUGGCUGGCAACCUUACAGCACGCUGCUGCUGUUCAGACCAGGUUAUCUUUCCAAGAACAGAUCUCUGUAACCAUUGAAUGGUUGUUAUUCUUCCAACACCAUGCAGACCAAAUGCUGAUUACAAUCCUCAAAUCCUCCGUAUCUUCCAAGCAGAGCAGUUCCUUAACUCGUUUCAUUGGAAUUUAGUGCAGCGCUAUCUUAUGCAUUAAUUUGCAUCUCAUCAUAGACUUCUUUUCUGUCAAUUUCGUUGGCAAUGAAGAGCGGGAGAGGGCAAGGCUCCACAGAGAAAAGAAUAAGCAAAGAAGGGUAGUACGGAAUGGGUGAAUGAGAGUGGUGGGCACUGGCCACACCAUGUGAGCCCUGGCCCUUCAGGUUGCAUGUGGUGCUGCAGUUAUGCAUGAGCGUCUGAGCCCCACACGCGUUGCACAUCGGCUGGAAAAACAAAACCCUUAUAGCAAUAAGAUCAUCAGAACUGGGAGUAAGAUCUUCUGUGGCAUGCAAUGAACUGCUUUGC